CCUUUGACCCAGAAGUGGGCGUGGCACCGCCGCAGAGCCGGCUGCGCGAGGCAACAUGGCGGUGUACGCGGCCGCCGCGGCUGUGCUUGCGGGGGUGGAAAGCCGCCAGGGCUCCAUCAAGGGGCUGGUGUACGGCAGCCGCUUCCAGAACGUGAAGCAGCUGUACGCGCUGGUGUGCGAGACGCAGCGCUUCGCCGCCGUGCUGGACGCCGUGAUCGCCCGCGCCGGCCUCCUGCGCGCCGAGAAGAAGCUGCGGCCGCACCUGGCCAAGGUGCUGGUGUACGAGCUGCUGCUGGGACGAGGCUUUCGGGGCAGUGGAGGUGCCGGCAGGUGGAAGCCGGUGCUGGACCGACACCAAGCCCGACUGAAGGCUGAGCUGGCCCGACUCAAGGUUCAGCGAGGUGUGAGCCGCAACGAGGACCUGCUGGAAGCCCGAUCUGAGCCUGACCCAGCCUCACAAGUGCCUCGGUUUGUGCGGGUGAACACACUCAAGACCUGCUGUGAGGAUGCCAUUGACUACUUCAAGAGGCAAGGCUUCUCCUACCAGGGCCGGGCCACCAGCCUCGAGGACUUAAGGGCUCUCACGGGCAAGGCCUUCCUCCUGGACGCCUUGCUGCCUGAGCUCCUGGUGUUUCCUGCGCGCACGGACCUUCAUGAGCACCCGCUCUACCAGGCGGGCCACCUUCUCCUCCAAGACAAGGCCAGCUGUCUCCCAGCCACACUACUGGCCCCCCCACCGGGCUCCCACGUCAUCGAUGCCUGUGCUGCCCCCGGCAAUAAGACCAGCCACGUGGCGGCUCUUCUCAAGAACCAGGGGAAGAUUUUCGCCUUUGACCUGGAUGCCAAGCGGCUGGCAUCCAUGGCGACGCUGCUGGUGCGUGCUGGGGUGUCCUGCUGUGAGCUGGCCCAGCGAGACUUCCUGGAGGUUUCGCCUUUAGACCCAAAGUACCACCAGGUCCAGUACAUCCUGCUGGACCCUUCAUGCAGUGGCUCUGGGAUGCUGAGCCGGCGGUUGGAGGAGUCUGGAGCGCCCAGCAAGGAGCGCCUGCAGGCCCUGGCGGGCUUCCAGCUGCGUGCCCUGUGCCACGCACUGAGCUUCCCGGCCCUGCGGCGCCUGGUCUACUCCACCUGUUCUGUCUGCCCCGAGGAGAAUGAGAACGUGGUGCGUGAGGCACUGCAGCAGUGUCCGGGCACCUUCAGGCUGGCUCCUGCCCUCCCCACCUGGCCCCACCGGGGCCUCGCCACCUUCCCCGGCGCUGAGCACUGCCUGCGGGCCACCCCCGAGACCACACUCUGCUCCGGCUUCUUCGUGGCCGUGCUGGAGCGGCUAGAGGUGCCGUCCAGGCCCUUCUUCCCCAGCUCGGCUGCACCUGCUGAGACGUCAGAGCCAGCCCCCAAGAAGCGGCGGUGGAGGAAGGCAGCUGCUGCCCCCAGCAGCCCAGGAGCUGCCACCUAGCCGGACUCCAGGGCUGGGCCUGGCAGGAGGCACUGCAUCGGCCCGAGGAGGAAGAUGGCGACUGCCAGCCUGCUGGCCCCAGAAAAAAAAGACAGAGAAUGCGGUCUCCAAUAGAUCACAGGUUUUUAAUUCUUAAUGACAUAAGCAAGGAGAAAAACCACACUCAUACUAAAAACUCCCAGCUAGACGCAACAGGAAUCCUACCUC